GAAGAAGCUUGGCUGAAGAAGUAUCUAGACAUGAACAAGUGCGGUGUCUAAGAAGUGACGGAGGGACAUGCUGAGAACAACAAGACAAGCGGAUGUGAUGAAGUAGCUGAGGUAUGUAAAGUAUCUAUUGGCCGUCUCUCACCCUUCAAAGUGACGUCGGUGAUGUUCUGGUGCGUGCUUGUCCGGACGCGUUGUCUUGAUUGCUGGUGUUAGUAAACCGACCUCUCCCUCCCAAAAUAUGUGGAUAAACUCCCGCCACGCGAUAUUAUCAACACUACUUGGUCUUCACAGAUCCGAGCCAUCGCAGUCUGAACUGCUAGAGUCCAACCACUUGUCCGACAUGUCUGAGAUUCAUCGUUCCCCCAAGACAGUGCAGAAGCCGAAGAGUAGAAGACAAGCCUGGGUGCAUCGCCGCCGUCAAAUUCAGACGGACCAAGAGAAUAAAAAACAGCCAGAACAGAGCGCAGAGAAUCCAAACACUACCUUGGGACCUACAGCUUCCACGAUCUCAACCAUGGCCCCUCAAACUUUUGAUGGAGCUCGGCGCAGAGCAAGCUUACAAGGCAUCGGAUCUACUCUGAACUUUCUAACCCCUCCCACCGAGUCCAAGGACUGGUCAUCGCCUCAAAGCUGCCCAUCUCCCGCCGGCGACGAUCUCAACGAUGCCGUUACUCACAGACCCGCUACACCAGAAAUCAUCAAAGUCACUCACCAAACCGACAACUCAGAGACCAUGGGAGUCGGCCUGCAGAUUACACCAAGAACCACUUUCGACCGCGACCCGGUCCCUACCAGCCGCGUCGCAGCCACUUAAUUCAGUAAUAUCUCCAGCACUAUCGAACAAAAGAUCCUUACCACGCUUGGCGACCACGAUUUCUUCAUUCCUCCAACUGCUUCUCUCAACGCGUCCUCUCUCAU